UCUUAUGACAAUUUUUUAAAAGAAUAAUUAAUAUUCUGGGAAGAGUCUAAUAAAGGUCAAAGACCUAUCAAAAGACGAGGGCGUUUCGGUCAUUUGGUCAUCGUUUUGGCUAAAAUCUUCUCUCUUUUUGACGUUCAUUCCACACAAGAUACAAAGACUGGCUUCUUCGUCUUUCAACCAUACGAAGCUUUUGGUAGAAAAGCAUAUACACCUUUCUUAAUCAUCCGAAGAGUUCCUUAGGACCUGAUGGAACAAUGUGUGGCUCCUUAAGAUAAAAAGAUCCGUUUUUAGUUUGGAUUUGGAUCUGAGCUGAGUUCUCAUUCAUCAUCUUUGUUGGUGGAAUGGCGUCAGAGGAUGUGAGUGUUGUUGCGGAUUCAAAGAAAGAGGAAGAGAGUGUUGAUGUUGACAGUUCCAAGGACAAGAACAGACCUGAGAGUACUCUUGACUUAUCUACCGAGGAAACUAAUAACGUCAAUGAUAAAGUUCCUGUAAAGGAAGUAGACCUCCCUGAGGCUGGUGGUGCUUCAGUGAAGAGUAAAACAGCUAAUAAUAAAGCUGUCAAGAAAAAGACAGGGACCUUCUCUCGUAGCCCGAGGUUCCUUUCUCAGAGCUCUUCAUUCGGGGCUCAUGCUAAGAGCAUUGAUGCAACACCAACAAAGGCUAGUCCUAAACCAAAGGCCACUCUCUCUUCAAACAACGGUGUUUCUGCCAAGCGCAACAGUCUUGUAUCUGCGCCCAUCAAAAAGCAAACUAUGCCUGUUAAACCUACUUCUAAGGAUGCUGCUUCAGUCCCUGCUUCCAAAUUGGUGGUAGAAGAAGGUUCUAAAUCCACUAAAGAUGAAACUGAAGACAAGAACAAUGAGGAGGCCCCGUUAACCACUGCUGUGGUGGCAGAUAAAGUAUCUAAGCCGAUAACAAGCAAGGAAGAUGACGACACCCGUUCAACUACCACUUCAACUUCUACACCUCGUGGCCGGAGAAGCAGCGUUGGGUCUGCCUCUGGAUUUUCAUUCAGGUUGGAGGAACGAGCUGAGAAACGGAAGGAGUUCUAUAUGAAACUAGAAGAGAAGAUCCAUGCUAAGGAAGUGGAGAAGACUACUUUGCAGGCCAAAUCAAAGGAGAGUCAGGAAGAAGAGAUCAAAAGGUUGAGGAAGAGCUUGACGUUUAAGGCUGGUCCUAUGCCUAGUUUCUACAAAGAGCCUCCACCUAAGGUUGAAUUGAAGAAGAUACCAACUACUCGUCCUAAAUCACCAAAGCUAGGACGCAGAAAGAGUAGCAGUGAUGCCACAGGAGGUGAAACCGGUCCUCGUGUGACAAAACCCAAAGACUUAUCAUCAUCAUCAUCUACCUUGAAGAAACCCAUAACAAAGUCUCAGGAAAAGACAGGGAAGGCUAAAGAAAGGAAAAAGGAAGGGAAGAAAGAAGAAGUGGAGAAAAGAAGAGAGGAAGAGAAGGCUUCUCCCGUGGCUGCUAAGCCCGAAGAUAUGGAACCAAACUCCAACAGCUUACAUGUGAAGGCUGAGAUUAUGGCAAGUGAAGUUGCAGUGGGAGGCUGAUGAAAGAAAAGAGAGCGUUUGGGACUUGGCAUUGAUCUCUUAAUCUCUGCUUCUGCUUCUUUUUCAAAAGCAUUAAUGUGAAUAGAGUUGUUGUUGCAUUGCGUCUACAUUAUGAGUUACUCCAUUUCUUUAGUUCUGUUUUGAAAAACUAAGCCUCAGAUUGUUUCCUUACAGUCUUCGAUAUUUGCUGAUUCAAAUUGUAAUGUAUUUUGAGGAUGGGAUAUGCGUGAAUUUUUGAAGAGUGGAAACAGUA